CAACGUCUUAAACACUCACCACGACCACCGUUGCACCACAAUGGUCUCGGUAAUCGUAGUUCCAGCAGGGAAAGCGCCCUCCAUUGCUUGUCAACUACCCUACACUGUCGAGCUUCCUGGAAAACAAGUAGAAGACACGACUAUUGGGGACAUCAAGGUAGCCCUUGCUGGACGGUUCCCUAAGUUUUAUCCAGCGCGGCAAAAGAUUGCACUGAAGGGCAAUAAGAACGCCCUGCAGGACGAAGUCAAACUGAUUGAUGCUGGCGUGACUGAUGGCGGUGAAGUAUCGGUGAAGGACCUUGGUCACCAAAUUAGUUGGAAGACCGUGUUUCUCGUUGAAUACGGAGGUCCGCUUGUGAUUCACCCACUCCUCUACCACUUUCCAAAGGUAUUUUGGGGUGGACCGGUUUAUCAUAGUACGCUGCAGCGAUUUGUCUACGCGCUCGUGAUGAUCCAUUUCAUGAAACGAGAGCUGGAAACGUUGUUCGUUCAUAGGUUCUCGCACGGUACCAUGCCUUUAAUGAACAUUUUCAAGAAUUCCGCCCACUACCAUUUGCUGAGCGGGCUGGCGUUGGCGCUCUCUGUCUACAGUCCGAAUUUUGGGGCCACAUCCCCAUAUAUCCGCGGGACUGUCCGAGACGAUCCAACAUUCAUCUGGGCAUGCACAGCCGUUUGGAUUUUUGCCGAGGUGUCUAACUUGAUAACUCAUAUCAAUCUUCGCCAUCUUCGUCCGGAGGGAACCCGCAAGCGGGCCAUCCCGUUCGGCUAUGGUUUCUCGCUCGUUUCGUUCCCGAAUUACUUCUUUGAAAGCAUUUCUUGGCUCACCAUUGCUGUGAUGACGGGAAGUUUCACUGGUAGGUUGAUGAUAGUCAUCUGUUUGGUCGCGUCUUUUACAUUUAACGUACAGCUUGGAUAUUCCUUGUGGUUUCCACCGGACAGAUGUAUAUCUGGGCAGCAAAGAAACACCGUGCGUACAAGAAAGAAUUUGGAAACGCGUAUCCGAAGAGGAGGAAGGCCAUGUUCCCCUUUAUUGCGUAGAUACGCUUAGUUGCUUUU